AUGCGAGAAUCGUUAUAUCGUCCAAUGAGCGCUCAGACCGAAGCACCACUCUGCUCGGUGCCCGUCACGCGCAUAACUACUACACACAAACGUCUCGAUCACAGGUUCACAAUUCACAUCACAUCACCACAGAAUGUUCACACUACACACCACACUCCGAUCUACGUACUACUUCAAUAUAUACAAGUUCUAAAGUAUAAAAUAUUUGAUUUAUACCGUCAAUGGCGUGAAAAUAAUGAAAGGAGAAGCGAAGACAUCAUUAACACGUAUUUACAACAUUCGAUUGAUGAAAACGCUCUUCAAAAACUUGGAACUGAAAAAUAUGUCAUAAUUGAGCAAAUUAUCUACGCAGCACUGGAUUGUCACUAUUACAGUUUAGCUAAGAUGUGGACUUUGAAACUCAAUGAUGAGUUUCCCAAUAGCCUUCGAGUUCUGAGAUACAGAGUUUUAUGCUUAGAAGCAGAGGGCCAAUAUAAAAAAGCUAGAAGUGAAUUAGAAAAUAUCACAACAAUCGAUAGAACACAAGCACCAGCGUGUAAACGAUUUGUGACCAUCUACAAAGCUAUGGGACUUAUUCCUGAAGCUAUCAAGGAACUGGUGUUUUAUUUGAAACAAUUCAUAUCUGAUGUGGAAGCUUGGCAGGAGUUGUGUGAGAUGUACUUGGUGAUCCAGGAGUACUCGAAGGCAGUGUUCUGUGCUGAAGAACAGAUCCUACACAGUCCUCAUCAUCACUUAUUGCAUCAACGUCUUGCUGAUAUACGCUACACUAUGGGUGGAGUUGAAAACAUGGAACUGGCAAAGACAUAUUACUGCCAGGCAUUGAAACUGAACCCUGAUAAUAUGCGGGCUUUGUUGGGACUUUUCUUAGUGACAAAUAACCUACUGGGCCAAUACAAGUCAUCUGGUAGUACAAAACGCAAGGAAAUAUGGAAGCUAUCUCAAUGGGUACAAUCAGAGAUUUCAAAGAGACAAAAGAAAGCCAAAACACCAGCCUCCGUACCAACUUUAACCAAUUUAAUGUUAACUCUGGCUAUAACGGAAUAG